AUGCAUUUAGGAGCUCAACGGACAAGGAGUGGACACGUUUCCGCGGCUGCAGCGUGGAACUUUCUCCUGCUCCUGUCAGUAUGCUCAGCAGUGCCCUCUGGAGAAGAAGACUACCGAGCUCAAGGUGUGGAUAUCCUCCAUCGACUGGGGUUCACAGAUCAAAGCAGCACAGACAAUCCCAACGACAGGACAGCCUCACCUCAAACCACUUACACCAACGUUCCCCCAUUUCUGAAUGUUCCAUUUUCUGGACAUGGGGUGAUAUUAGACACAAACUCCAUUUAUGAGAUUCCAGCAAGCAGCCUGUUCCAUACAGAGUUUGGAGAUGAAUUUUCUUUUGUGAUUAGCUUAAGCUCCUGGGGAGUAAGCAAUGCUUUUCUUUUAGGUGUUAAAGAUGGCAGGGACAGACUGCGUUUUGGCAUUCAGCUGUUACCACGCAGACUGGUGGUUUAUACUGCAGAGCAAUCCUCUGUCUACUUCACCUACAACUGGCAGGAUGGGAGGCAGCAUGCUUUUGCUGUUGGCGUUCGUGCACGUUCAGUGUCCUUUUAUGCAAAUUGUGGAGCGGUGCAGCAACGAGAGCAAACCCUGGGAAGAUCUCAGACUCUGGGAGAAUCUGGGAGUGUCUUUACUUUGGGCAGGAUGAACUCAAAGGCACCUCCAUUCAGUGGUCAACUCUGCCAACUGGAUAUCUAUCCUUCCGCCCAAGCUGCUGCACACUACUGCAACUACCUUAAAAAACAGUGCCGGCUGGCCGACACUUAUCGAUUGCCUUUGCCACAUUCACGUUUGGAUAUUAAGGCAAAUGACCACCCUGUGAACCCCUCACCAAAGUCCUCUCUUGGAGUACCAACCACCCAUCAUCCUUCUACCAAAGUUGACAGAGAAUUAUCACAGAGAAGCCAUCUUCUCACACAGUAUUCAACCCUGAGCCCAAGAACACAGCUACAUCUGAGGGAACCAAGACACAUUUCCACACUGAAGCCCUUCUCACUUAAACCCCAUGAUCCUACACAAGUGCCUCCAAGAAGGCAAGCAAUGCUUGAUCUUGUCCAUAGCAUAUAUAUCACAACAAACAAAAAUGUAUUAGCAACUGACCAAGGCCAUCUGCCUCAAGGCAACAUAGAUCAGUCUGAGAACACAGAGGAAGACAGCAGCUCCAGUAGCCAGCAGACUCCACAGAUCUUCCCAAGUCUAAUAUCUCCAGUCAGGAAAAAUCAAGUGAAGGACGGACUCAGGAACAACUUUGGGGGCUCAGACCUUGGGACUAAACACAUGCAUCACAUUCUGGAGUCUCAUCAACGAGCCAACCGCACCACUUUGUACAGGGAAAAUCAGGUUGACACUUCAGAACAACACAACUCUGAUGGCAGCUAUGAGGACUCAGACCUUGGAGGAUAUGAUUAUGGAUAUGAGGAGCCAGAAUUUCUUUAUGACUAUGAAGAUGGAUUUUAUGGGCCCAAAGGAGAGCCAGGUUUUCCGGGACCUCCUGGCCCCCCUGGUUUAUCUGGUCCUCCUGGAAGGAGAGGUUCAAGGGGCCCCACUGGUCCACAUGGAAAACCAGGACAACCUGGACCACCUGGGCCAAAGGGUUCAAAAGGAGACCCAGGACUGUCUCCAGGUCAAGCUGCUGCAGGAGAAAAGGGUGACCGAGGUCCACCUGGUUUACCUGGACCAAAGGGAUUUCCAGGACCACUGGGUCCCAAAGGUUAUCCAGGUACACCCGGCCCACCAGGGGAACAAGGCAUACCAGGACCUCCUGGGGAGGCCGGAGCUACAGGUUACCCUGGCAGGCAGGGAUUAUCUGGGCCACAAGGCAGUCCUGGACCUAAAGGUGUUCGUGGUUUCAUUGGACCACCUGGUGUUGCUGGGCCACCAGGGCUGGAAGGAGAGAAAGGAAUUCCUGGUCCUGUUGGAAAACCUGGUCCCAAAGGAAGACAUGGUGUUGUGGGUGAUGUGGGAGAGAGGGGACCCCCUGGUCCAGAUGGCAAACAGGGCCCUGAUGGUGGGUCUGGCAUUAAUGGUUUUCCUGGUUUGAGGGGGGACCCAGGCCCAGAGGGACCACGAGGACUGCCUGGUAUGGCGGGACCUCAGGGCCCAGCAGGACAUGGCGGCCUGCCUGGAUUGAAAGGUGAUAAGGGUGAAGUGGGAGAAAGAGGCAAUCCAGGGGAGAUGGGAUAUCAAGGUGACAAGGGUGCUGUUGGUGCAUCUGGUCCUGCUGGGCCCAGAGGGAAACCAGGACCGCUGGGUAGACCUGGAGAAAUAGGGGCACAAGGACCACCUGGGCCUCCAGGACCAGAGGGGUUUCCUGGGGACAUCGGAGCACCAGGGCCCAAUGGCCCACCUGGACCAAAGGGUAUGCAGGGUGCAAGAGGGCCCCAAGGUCCUCCAGGGCCUAAAGGACCACAGGGUGAUGAAGGACCGCUCGGGCCACCUGGCAGCAUUGGCUCUACUGGGAGACAUGGAAAGAAAGGUCACCCAGGUGAACCUGGCCUUGAGGGUUUAACGGGAGAGAAAGGAGACACGGGAAAUGUUGGAAAAAUCGGCCCUCUGGGUCCAGUUGGCCUAAUUGGGAUAACUGGGGUAAUGGGAGUUCCCGGUGAAAAGGGUGACCGGGGACCACCAGGUCCAGCAGGUCCAGUCGGAGAGAAUGGGCCAAGAGGUUAUCCCGGAUUGCCAGGAAGUCCAGGAGACAUUGGGAUGCAAGGUUCACCUGGUCCACAGGGACAGAGAGGCACUCCAGGUAUUGCUGGGACAAAAGGUAGAAGGGGGCCACUGGGUCCAGAUGGCACGCUAGGAGAACCAGGACCUGAGGGGACCAAGGGUGAAAAGGGUGAAAUUGGACUAAAAGGAGAACCUGGACUUAUAGGCAAGGCUGGUGGUACAGGAGAGAGAGGCCCUCCUGGAAAACCUGGUAAGGCAGGUAUUCCAGGGAGCACUGGGGAGAGGGGCCACCAUGGUGAACCAGGACCUAAAGGAUCCCCUGGAGAGUCUGGAACCACUGGAGAGCAAGGACUUGAAGGUGCUCCAGGUGUUGAGGGGGAACCAGGUGCAUAUGGAGAGCCAGGAUUAAAGGGUGAUAUUGGACCUCCAGGAGCUGAUGGGGAACAGGGUCAGGAGGGAACCAGAGGUCCUCCUGGACCUCCAGGUGAAGACGGCCCUCAAGGGAAAUAUGGACCAAAGGGGGAGUCUGGUGAGCAGGGGCCCAUUGGGGAGCAAGGAGAAAAGGGGCUAGAAGGAGAACCUGGGCUCCAAGGACCAACUGGAAUUCCUGGGAAACAAGGGUUUCGUGGACCAGAAGGAAAACUGGGUCCUCCAGGGAACAGAGGUCGGCACGGGAAGAAGGGAGAAAAAGGUCCUCCAGGUCUAGCUGGUGAGAUCGGUUCUCGGGGAGACAUUGGUCAACAAGGCGAGCCAGGGCUGAAAGGUGCCAGAGGAACUCGAGGCCCAACUGGUCAGCCAGGAGUCAUGGGGUUAGAGGGGCAACCAGGACUGCCAGGAUACCCAGGGCAUCUUGGCAAGCCCGGGCCCGCCGGACCACCAGGGCCUAAAGGUGAAAAGGGUUUUUCAGGCGAGGACAAUACGACUCCAGGACCACCAGGGCCCUUAGGUGAACCAGGUUCACCAGGAGAGCGUGGGGAGCGCGGAGAGCCAGGGGACCAAGGGUAUCAGGGUCAUCCUGGUCCUAUUGGGCCUCGUGGGACCAUUGGCCCACCAGGACUGCCGGGAUCACCUGGUGAAUCUGGAGAAGCAGGCCCAAAGGGAGAAAAAGGAGUUCCGGGUUCAGCUGGAAAGAAAGGAGCAAGAGGUCUGAGUAGCCCCCCUGGUGUGGAAGGCCCGAUUGGUUCACCAGGACUGAGGGGACUGAAGGGUUACCCAGGACCAGAUGGUCCUCCAGGGCUGACAGGUUUACCAGGUCUACCAGGAAAACCAGGGCGGCAGGGUCAGCGGGGUUCAGUGGGACAGGAGGGAACUGCUGCACGUCCAGGCCCCAGAGGAGAAAAUGGACUUCCUGGCGCACCUGGAGAAAUAGGACCACCUGGUCAAAAGGGAGAACCUGGGCUGCCAGGAGACAGAGGAGCCCCUGGAAUGAAAGGGAUGGAGGGGGCUGCAGGUGACCAGGGCAAACAAGGUGACCCAGGCCCUAAAGGACAACCAGGAGAGCCUGGAGAUUUGGGGAUGAUUGGUUUGCAAGGCUUUCCAGGGCCACAGGGGCCAAAUGGGGAACUGGGAAUAAGAGGCAUCCCUGGCCCUAAAGGACCUGUGGGAUCUCUGGGACUCAGUGGACCUGUAGGCCCUGAAGGAAUGAUCGGUCCACUUGGGAAGCCUGGGGCAAGGGGUCCAAAAGGAAGCUAUGGCGAAAUGGGGCCUCAGGGACCACAAGGAAGUCCAGGACCCAGGGGACCCCCUGGUGCACCCGGUCCAACAAGGCACAUUUAUGAUGACUCAAUAUACAGUCAGUCUGACGCCAAUCCUGCCCUCAGGACAGAGAGUUUUCAGAACAUGGAAAUGAGCCAGGCAGACCAGAACACAGAGAUCCUCAAAACUCUCCAUUACCUGAGCAGCAUAAUUGAGAGCAUCAAGAAGCCUCUGGGCACGAGGGAGAACCCUGCUCGUGUCUGCAGAGACCUGCUGGACUGUCGACACUUACACCUCAAAGACGACUGGUUCUGGAUUGAUCCAAACCUGGGCUGCACUUCUGAUGCCUUCAAGGUUUACUGCAACUUUACUGCAGGUGGACAGACUUGUUUACACCCAGUGGCCUCCAAUAAGAUGGUGUUUGGUGUUGAGAAAGUCCAAAUGAAAUUUCUACAUUUACUGAGCGCCGAGGCGAGCCAAAGCAUCACAUUCCACUGCCAAAGCGAUCCACCCUACAGCACCAAGAACACAUUUAGCUCCACCGGACCCUUACAUAUAGAAAACAGCAGGCUUCGGUUCCAAGGCUGGAACAAGCAAAUGUUUGAGAAAGACACACUACUUGAACCACAUGUGAUGCAAGAUGAGUGCGAGAUCCAAGAUGGCAGGUGGCACCAGUCUCGUUUCUUCUUCCACACUCAGGACAGUCGUCAGCUACCCAUUUCAGACAUACAGGGAUUUCCCACUUCACAGGACAACCGUCAACAGGACAUAGAAAUCGGUCCUGUCUGCUUCCUCUGACACAACAUCUUCCUUUAACUCGCUCACGCAGACCACUCAGAUUUACAGAUUUUUUUUUUUCAUACCAAAGUUAUGCCUCUUCAGGAUGU